CCUCAUUUACGAAUGUGACAUGACCUCAUUCAAUCAAUUUACUCCACAACGAGUAGCUCCAGCACUUGUGGGAGGAUUCCAGCAACCCCUCUCCUCAGAAAGCUAUACGUCUUACCCUCCCUUCCAUCCGGCGGAGACUCCCUCUCUGGUAGGCUUUAUAGAAAGACCGAAAAAGAUGCAAAAGAUCAAUAGCUGGAACUCUCGUACCACCGAGCAGAAUCAAACUUUGGUCCCCCAUGCCUCUUCGGCGGACUCUCUUUUGUUUCACAAUCCAAAUUCACCCAAUGAUGUAUUUGGAAGAGCUGCAGCAUCACAAGAAGAGAUGAGAGCUUUAGUUUCCAAUGGUUCAGCACAAAAUUAUGAAACGCUUGCUCAACAGGGAUCAAAGAUGACAAACAUGGGAUCAAUGCUAUCUCAAGCUCAAGAGCACAUAAUCGCAGAGAGAAAGCGGAGGGAGAAACUCAGCCAGAGAUUUAUAGCACUUUCUGCAGUAAUCCCUGGUCUUAAGAAGGUAGACAAGGCUUCUGUUCUUGGAGACGCAGUCAAGUAUGUUAAAGAACUCGAAGCAAGGGUGAAGACCCUCGAAGACCAGAAUGCAAAGAGGACUGUCGAGUCCAUGGUCCUCGUCAAGAAGUCUAAGCUCUCUGCUGAUGCUGAUGGUUCAUCCUCCAGUGGGUGUCCGGCAGAAAAGCCUCUUCCUGAGAUUGAAGCGAUGCUUUCCGAGAAGACAGUCCUCAUAAGGAUCCACUGCGAUAACCACAAAGGAGUAUUAGGGAGGCUGGUCUCCGAGAUUGAGAAGGUCCAUCUCACAGUCACUAAUGCUAGCGUCAUGCCCUUCCCCAGCUCCUCUAUCCAUAUAACACUGACUGCAAAGGCAAGUUCUUAGUUCCUUACUCAGAAGAAUAGAAUGCACCCGAAAAGUUGGCUGCGUUGAAGAUUGGAAGAGGUGGUGUAAUACAGUAAGCUCAUACCUGUGCUUCUUUUGUUGGUGCAGGUUGAGGAGGAGUUCUCCAUGGCAGUGGGGGAUCUUGUGAGGAAGCUGAACUCAGCUUUGAGCUAGUUCGUCUUAACAAAGGGCAGAUAAACAUAAGUAGUUAUUAUCGUCAUUAGACCUGUAAGAGGACGUGGACUGCUGGUUGCCUUGUCUAUGUUUGUAGUACUUAGGAGCUCCUUUGUCUUCUAAGAGCAAAACCAUGCACUACCCAUCCAUCACCCACUCGCUUUUGCGGAUCUCCCAACAGCUGCAUUAAGUAUGGUGAUGUUUGGUAUUGAGCUACAUCUAAUUAUACAAAGACUUGUGUCUGACGUUGCUGUCCCUUUAGGGGGCACUUGGCAUAAUUUCU